UUUCAGUGAACUGAUAGAAGUGUUCAGUAUUGUUUUUUCUGGUGUUAAUAUGGGAAAAAAGAAAAUGGACGAACCAGUUGCACUUAUCGAAAACGAAGAAGAAGCAGGUGAAGAAUACGAAGUUGAAAAAGUCAUCGAUAAACGGAUUUACAAAGGAAAAGUACAAUACCUCAUCAAAUGGAAGGGUUUCUCUGAUGCUGACAACACAUGGGAACCGGAUGAAAACUUGGAAUGCCCGGACCUUAUUUCACAAUUCGAAUCGACCAACAUUAAAAAAACAAACAACAAAGAAAAGGAAAAGGAGAUAGUUAAAGAUGACAAAAAGCGUAAAAUAUCCGAAACAAAAGAGGGCACAAAAAAAUCCAAAACAGCCGAUGAGCUUCGACCAAAAGGCUUCGCUCGGGGUUUAAAACCAGAAAAAAUAAUUGGAGCCACAGAUUCUGGUGGCCAACUCACAUUCCUAAUGAAAUGGGACGGCAGUGAUGAAGCAGACCUUGUGUCUUCAGCCGAGGCAAACGUGAAGUGUCCACAAGUUGUUAUCAAGUUUUACGAGGAGAGACUUACCUGGCACCAAAGCACCCCUUCCCCAGACGACCAGAGCUGAAUUUGAUUUUUUUUUACAUUGUAUAGGGCAACAGUAUGUUGUAUCAUUGCCAAACUUUAAUGGCUACAAGGAUACACAACAUGCUUGUGUAUGAUGUUUUUAACAGAACACCCGAACAGUGGCUUGAACUUUUGUAAUUUGUUUCACAAUGUUUUGUGUCUUAAAAAUAUUUCAUAUUUCGUUUAAACACCUUGUUUCACCCAACCAAAAGCAAAUAACAGAAACAAGUAUAAACUAUGUUUUCGAAACCAUUGGUUAAACAAGCCGUAUCUAGGAUAGGACCAUAAAUACAUGCAUUUAACACUGACGUUAAAGAUGAAUUUCUUUUCCGAUUUUAAUGUUCUUGUUCGCCGUUUGUAAAUAAAUGUGAACUUGUAAAUAAAUAGAACCGUUGGACCGGA